AUGACACACCUAUUAGCAGCGCAAUGUUUGAUCACUGAGAACUGGCCUGAGGAUGCAUUUGGCAGAAUUACAUAUGGUGAAAAUUUUGACUUUAUCAUUGUCGGUUCGGGAACAGCUGGUUCUAUCCUUGCUAAUAGAUUAACAGCAGUAGAAGACUGGAAAGUACUGGUGAUAGAAGCAGGUGAAGAUCCCCCUUUAGAAAGCAUUAUUCCAAAUUUUUCAACAGCAACUCACAGAAGCCGUCAUGCGUUCCAAUACUACACCGAACAAGACGAAACUAUCAACAGAGGUUGCGUGGAUCGUAGAUCAUUUUGGCCUCGAGGCAGAGUUAUUGGAGGCACCGGAAGUAUUAAUGGCCUGUUACAUAUGAAAGGAAGUGCUGGUGAUUACGAAACUUGGCAUUUUGAGGAAGAUAGUGGGUGGGAUUGGCCUACGAUAAAAUCAUACUUCAUGAAAAGCGAAAAAAUAGUCGACCCCUCCAUAUUAAGCAAUCCGGAACUUAGAAAUAAUUACGGCACUGAAGGUAAUUACGUUAUUGAUAAAUUAAAUUUUACCCAUUCUCAUAUUGUAGAUAAACUAACUCAAGGAUAUUUGGAAAUGGGUUUAAAGUACUUAGAAGAUCUUAAUGGACCUACUCAAAUGGGAGUUGGUAAAAUCAGAGGUGGCAAUUACAAAGGAAAACGAGUCAGUACUGCAACUUCCUUCUUAAAUGCGGCAAGAGAACGUAAAAAUUUAUAUGUGUUAAAAAAUACAAUUGCAACUAAUAUCAAGUUUGAUAAAAAUAAAAGGGCUGAAGGCGUGAAAGUGAUUUUAUCAAAUGGCGAUGGAACAACUUUCUACGCGAAAAAGGAAGUAAUCUUAAGUGCUGGGGCAAUCAGUACCCCCAUACUACUCAUGUUGUCUGGUGUUGGUCCAAGAGCUCACCUUGAAGAACUAAAUUUUAAAGUAAUUUCUAAUCUACCCGUUGGAGAAAACCUUCAAGAUCACGUAAGAAUUCCGGUUUUAGUAACCAUAAACACAAAAACCACACAAAAAGAUGAUACAUAUUGGCUUAAAGCGUCAGCUCAGUAUCUUGUAGAUCAAACAGGACCACAUGCGACAAACUAUGAUCAACCUAAUAUUAACGCUUUUCUCUCAGUACAGGAAGGCAAAAGUUUACCUGAUGUUCAAAUAGAUCAUAAUUACUUUGUGCCUAAUACAUCGUAUAUGUUUUCUAUGUGCACGGAUGUAUUAUCUUAUGAAGAAGAUAUAUGUAAGCAAUUUUCAGACAUAAACAGUAAACACGAAAUGCUUCUCUUUUAUGUAUCCUUAUGUCGGCCUUAUUCAAGAGGCAAAAUACUAUUACGGUCUGUUAAUGCGGUAGAUUUUCCAAAAAUUUACCCAAAUUAUUUCAAUGAUGAAAGGGAUAUUGAUAUAUUCAUAAAAAGUAUUAAAAAGGUAAUGCAAAUCGUGGAUACACCAAGCCUUAAAAGUAUUAACGCUAACAUACAAAGGAUCUAUUAUAAGGAUUGUGAUGAUUUUGAAAUGGCAAGCGAUGAGUAUUGGGAAUGUAUGGCUAGGACAAUUACAUUUAAUGUCUAUCAUCCUGUUGGAACAGCCAAAAUGGGGAAAAAAGGGGAUCCCACAGCUGUCGUAAAUAGUAAAUUGAAAGUGCAUGGAGUAAAAAAUCUAAGAGUUGUCGACGCUAGUAUAAUGCCAACUAUACCAGGUGUGAACACUAAUGCUGCUACGAUGAUGAUAGCAGAACGAGCAUCAGAUUUCAUCAAAAAUGAUCAUAUGCUCAAAGACGUGAAGAAAGAUGAAUUGUAA